CAGCAUUGUGUUUACGCAUCAAAUAACAUUACUUGACUCCUCUUAAAACUGGACUAAAAUAUCUUUCAAUAUGGCAUCAAGAAACCGGAUAAUACUGUUUCUUUUAAUGGGGCGCAUGUGCUCAGGACAAAGGGAGUGCAAAAUGACAACACUCGGUAUGGAGUAUUUUGGAAACGUGGAUCACACCUUGUCUGGACGAGAUUGUCAAGCCUGGGCCUCGCAGUAUCCCCAUCAACACAAGUUUAAUAACACCCUUAAGAAUAGUAAAAAUUACUGCAGAAACCCCGACAGAGAACCACAGGGCCCUUGGUGCUACACGACAGAUGAAGAUAAGAGAUGGGAAUAUUGUAGAAUACCACUAUGUCCCAUUUCAAAUGAUGACUGCUUUGAAAAGGGUAGCGGAUUUAUGUACACAGGAAAAAUUGCUAUCACGGAGACGGGGUAUGUAUGUCGUCGUUGGGAAUCAGAGGAGGCUUAUGCAGUUUUCGGGGAAUUGGAAAAUUAUUGCAGAUCUCCAGAUGGAGCAGAAUUUCCCUGGUGUUUGUCAUCAGCUCCUGGUAAAAGAUGGGAAAGAUGCAACAUACCUGUCUGUGGGCAAUCAACGACAAAUAAAUCAGCUAUCUCAACAACUGCACAUUCAACGUCCACAUCGUCAACAUCCCAAGUAAAUCCCGAAAUAAAGCCAUCAUUACAGGGUCGCCUUCAGACUGAGAACAUAUGUACUCAAGACAGUGGCAACAAAAGAAGCUUAACGGCCGAUUUAGUUAUUGCAGUGUUUACACUUAUUGGUGUUUUAGCUGCUGUUUUCUUUAGUGUUUACAUUGCUAUUGUUUUACGACGGUUAAAGGUGGAAAUCGUGAACCAAAAUUCUGGCAGAGAAAAAGAUGUGUUCACGGUAGAUAACACAUACCUUACUGGAAUUUCCGAUAUGCAGCCUAUAGUAGAAAGUCGCACUUAGAGUGAAAUUUUGAAAGACUGAAUAUAGAAUUAUCAAAUAUAUUGUUUACAUGCAAUCAAAAUAUCAUCGUUUUAAGCUGAAGAUGUACACAGAAUGACAUGCUCUUCUUGUCAUCCUAUACCAAAUAAAUGUAAAUUUCUAGAU